GCAUGAAACCACGACGGUCGGUCCUUCUUCGUUGUUGCCGUCGCAUGUGUAGCCUGCACUGAGAGGACGCUCAACGUCACGAAACAGAUGAAGCACUUAUUCUGCAGUAUCUUUACGUGAGGCAGACCUGCUAUCAUUCAGUCCUGGGUCACCAUAUUCUAUAAUUUAAGGGCAUUUAAGAAAUAGUUCAAUGACCAAAACGCCUCUCGCUGCAGCUCCACGUGCAAGUAUGGGGGAUGUUUACUUUACCCCUCUUGAUAAAGUGGUGGAACCAAGGAAUCGUGUACACCACGCCCAGUGUUCUUCGUUUACUUGUAAUGCUGCUGUUCCUCAAUUGCUGGUGACAUGUGAACCAAGUCGUAGUCCAAUCGAAACAAAUGCCAUCAGGAAUGGCCCCAGCCCAGAUGAAGAUUCGGUCUGUUCAGAUAGUGGCAUUGGAUUUCCACCUGCCUCGUCACUCGUGCUUCAAAAGCUAUCUAAUUCCUCGUCAACGUCUUCUCUUGAGGAAUGUGCGAACGACUUAAUUUGUUGGGGUGAGCACAGUUCCACAGGCUGCACAGACCAAGUGCCAAAGGGCUGUGUGUGGAAGAAGAACAGAAGCAUGGUCAACUUGUCUCCCCCUGCUGUGCCUGUGAAAAAACGUUCCCCUUGGGUUCAAGUUGUUGGUCACGCAGGAAACUUUCAGACAGGAAGAGAUGGAAAGCUGUUGAAAAAGUACUGUGAAUGUGAACAACAGUGCUUGCAGAAGCUGAUGAAUGACAAACUCCGUCCCUAUGUGCCGGGCUACUAUGGAGUGACCCAGAAAGAUGAGCAAGACUACAACGUUAUGGACGACCUGUUGGCUGACUUUGACUCCCCCUGCAUUAUGGACUGCAAAAUGGGUAGCAGAACGUACCUUGAGGAGGAAUUGAAGAAAGCACGUGAGCAUCCUCAGCCACGGAAAGAUAUGUAUGAUAAAAUGGUGGCUGUGGACCCAGAGGCUCCCACAGCGGAGGAGCAAGCUCAGCAAGCUGUACUCAAAACUAGAUACAUGCAGUGGAGAGAAACCCUCAGCUCCACUGCCACUCUGGGUUUCCGUAUAGAGGGUAUAAAGAAAGUAGAUGGUUCCUGUAACACAAACUUCAAGAAAACUAGGGGUAAAGAUGAGGUGAUGCGGGUACUAGAGGAUUUUGUGGACAGCGACGCUAUAAUUCUGAGAAGCUAUCACCAGAGACUGAAGGAAUUACGACUUGUUCUGGAGAAAUCAGACUUCUUUAAGACACAUGAGGUUGUGGGCAGCUCUCUCUUGUUCGUGCAUGAUAGAAGUGGAAAGGUUGGAGUCUGGAUGAUUGACUUUGGCAAAACAGUGCCUCUGCCCUCACCUCUCAUCCUGGACCACCGCAGUCCUUGGGUGGAGGGUAAUCGGGAGGACGGCUACCUGUGGGGCCUGGAUAACUUCAUAGACAUUCUCACCAGUAUGCUUCCCAUGCUUUGAGGAAUUACCCUUCUGAAAAUCAUUCUCCUUUACCUUUGGCCCAGUUGUGGAAGAUUUAAACACUGUUUUCCUUGCAUGGACUGCACAGGACUCUCAGUGGAAGUUGAUGAGAAUCUGGGUGGGUGAAUGACUGAACUGUCCCAUCCAUCCCUUGGAUUUUGAGAGAAGUUUUUUUUAACAUAUAUGCCCCAGUUGGAGAAUAGCUGCGAAGUUUUAUCUGGAUUUAACUGUGUAAAUAGAUUUUUAUUUAUGUGUUCAAACCACAUGGGUUGAUCCUGCGUUAUUAUGUGAAUAAUUAGCUAAAUUUACUAAACAUUUACCCAGGGAAAGAAAGUCAAUAUGGUUUUUGCUUAACCCUGCAGGCAUAGAAAUGUACUUCUUUUCAUGUGUUCAUACUUUUCUAAACCUGAUUCUAAAUUGGUUUGUAAGAAAAGGCAACAUAGUUUUUCAAGGCUUAUUUUUGUCUUAAUUUCAUGACCAAAAUUAUUUACGAAUGGCAUAUUUUACUAGACUUUGCCCAGUGCAACUGUACUGGCAGUCUGUGGUGUUAACAUGUUGCUUAAAAACUUUUCUGUAUAGACCUCCAGGUUUGGAGUCUUAUUGCACUCCAUGUCAUGUCACAUCAUACCUGUAUUUCUUAAGCCCAAAGUUCUUACAGCAUAAUGUAAUGUAGGAAUGUCCUUUUUAUCAUCGUGCUGCAUCAGAAACUAGUCAGAACAGGUUCCAACCAUGCCUCACAUUUGAAAGGCUGAUGAUUUUUGCCCAAGAAAAAAUGGGUACAUACAAAAGGGACAGAAAUGACACUUGAGUGGACAUUACAACCAGUCUGCACCACUUGAAUACUGUCUUCUCCAGAUCCUGUGUCUGUGUGUGUGUGUGUGUGUGCAGCACAUAAGAGGUAAAGUUGGGUUCUGUCAAAACUAGGUGUGGGAAUCACUGAGUAACUCACAAUACGAUACUAUCGCAAUAUGUUUCCCACGAUAACAGUGGUAUCACGAUACAGCAAUACUCGAUACAUUGCAAGACAAUCAUCUACGAUAAAUCACAAUGUCUGUGUAACUGAAGAAGAAAAAAUACCCCUAAAUGCGCAAAAAGCGGGAAUUAUGUAUUUAUUCACUAUAUUGCCGUGUCAGUUUCACAGAAUUUGACAACUGAGAUAAAAACAACGUACAAUAAAGUGCAAAGUCUUAGUGCCUCUUUAACACACACACACACCCUCACAUUGAUUGCAACUUGUCCAUGUCCACAUGUGAAAACUUGUUAAAUAAUGUGUUUUUCCUUAAUAAAGGAAUA